CUCUCGAUCAGUUUUGUCUUUAGUUGUUUUGGAUUGAGAACGGCACCAUGUUCAAAUUCCACGUCCUCGGAGCCCUCCUCCUUCUCGUGUCCGUCGCGCACGCCCAAUUCCAAUUCUUCGAACACAUGUUCGGAGGUGCUGGCGGCGGCGGCGGCGGUGGUGGUCACCAGGGUCGGGGUGGACAACAAGGAGGACAGAAUGUGCCGAGUGAUAGUUCGCGGUAUCAGGGGCAGUGGGAUUCCGCACACUGCGAUCGCUACCUCUGUCCCGGAACCCUCGCGUGCGUCCAUUUCCCGCAUCAUUGUCCGUGUCCGCAUCCCGAUGUCGAAGAAAAGGUGGAGCUUGGGGAGGGCAGUGCGGUGUGUGUUUCCAGGGGUGGGUUUAAGGAGGGAGAGGCGGCGAGGAAGAUUGAGUUGGCGAGGAAGGGGGUUUUGUGAGGGUUCGCUGAGUGUGCAUAUUGGUUGAUGAACUGGGCUGGGCUUGUGGGCUGGGGUGGAUAUCUGGAUGGGCUGUAUAGGAGGUCCACCGGGUGAAAAUGCUACGCGGAUCGGUGCCUGUCGUCGAUGGUUAUGCGGUACGUUGCUAUUGCAGACGGCUGUUCUGGGUUGAGAGCCGGGUGGAUGCUAUGAUCGCUUGGUCUAUCCGGUUGAGAAGUCACAGUCAAUACCUGAUUCAUUCAAUUAUCUGUACCAGGCGUCAUAUCAUUAAGCAUCAAUUACUACCAAUCACAGUUGCGCCCUUUGAGAUGACGUCGGUUCUGACGCAUUGAUUGAAAUCCGAAAUUGGG